UCUUGGUCAAUAAUACCAGCGUGCCUGGUUGUGUUAAUAAAUAAAGAUAUAAAUAUACAGAUCUGGUUCAUUAUCUCCUGAGCUAUAGGAAACGGUAAGUCCACCAACCUCACCGUCGGCCGGCCAUCUGAGCAAAGGAAGAAAGGUGGUGGUUCAUUCGUCCUUCUUUCCGGGAAGAAGGCCUCAUAGUGCUGUUCACUGUCAUGACUGCCGUUCACAGCGUCGCCUCGCAGAGGAUUCUGCCAGUCCUCAGGCCCAUCCAUAAAAUCCCCUCCGGAUCCCAUUUCGUUGCCCUUCCCAACCCGCGGUUUCGGAGAUCUCACGCCGUUGUCUCCUCUGCGACUGCCGCCGACGAUCUUGAUGUAAUCCCCGUGCAGAGCAGCGACACCACUGACCAGCAAGACGGGGUGGUUGCUUUUGGUGUUACCGAGCGAGAAGACGGCAGUAACAGCGCUGCUAGCCAGGUCGGUGGAUUUGCCUUCGAGAGCGGAGGGGCUGGUGAUGUUGUUAGCGGCGCCGGCGCUAGUGGUACCGCCUUCAACUCCUCCUCUACUCCAAUUUUGGGCGGCGAGGAUUUUGACAAACAGCUGGAUCGGGCCAUCAACGCUAUGAUUGUUCUGGCGGCCGGCACCUUCGCCAUCACCAAACUGCUCACUAUCGACCACGAUUACUGGCAUGGAUGGACCCUUUAUGAGAUUCUAAGAUAUGCACCACAGCAUAACUGGACUGCAUAUGAGGAAGCUCUAAAGGCAAACCCUAUUCUCGCAAAAAUGAUGAUCAGUGGUGUUGUUUAUUCUCUAGGUGAUUGGAUUGCACAGUGCUAUGAAGGAAAACCACUAUUUGAAUUUGAUCGUAUGCGCAUGUUCAGAUCUGGGCUUGUUGGAUUUACUCUCCAUGGUUCUCUUUCUCAUUACUAUUACCACUUCUGUGAGGCUCUUUUCCCCUUUCAGGAUUGGUGGGUUGUUCCAGCUAAGGUGGGGUUUGAUCAAACCGUGUGGGCUGCACUGUGGAACAGCAUUUACUAUGUUGCCCUAGGUUUAUUGCGUUUGGAAUCACCAGCCAACAUUUAUACUGAAUUGAAGGCUACAUUUUGGCCAAUGUUGACCGCAGGAUGGAAGCUUUGGCCUUUUGCGCACCUAGUUACUUACGGUGUUAUUCCUGUUGAGCAGAGACUCCUUUGGGUGGAUUGCGUGGAGCUUGUGUGGGUGACUAUACUAUCAACAUAUUCAAAUGAGAAAUCUGAGGCCAGGUAUGCUGAGGCUUCGGAUUCCUCCACCAAAUUUACAUCCAUUAUCUCGGAGGAUACGCCCGAGUAGAUGAACAAAAGUCUGUUACAUCUCUUGGAUGGAUUCUUGCUGGAAUCAGCUUCUUGGUUUUGUUGGGGAUGCUGUAUGCGGAGUAAGUCACCUGGGGGGUCAUAUGGUUGCUAAAUUAUCAGUAUAUAAUAGAUGACAACGUUAAUACUGUUUUUUUAAAAAUCAAAUAAUGUAUGAAUUCUAAAAGAAGCAUGGAGUUUGUAAAAUGACAUGUUUAACUACCAUUCAUGCAAGCCUGAGAAAAUUACUGUAUGUGGCUUUUCUUUUUUAAAUUAAUUUGUACUUCUCCUAAGA